AUGGGUCGCACGAAGCACGCGGUGGCGGCGACGACGGAGACGAAGAAGCGGCUCCGCUUCGAGCUAUCCCCGCGAUGGAGGCCGCCGCCGCCGAUGCGCCAGGUACCGCCGGAGCCGCAGCCGCAGCCGGAGAAGAAGAAGAAGCGGGCGUACCGGUUCCGGCCGGGCACGGUGGCGCUGCGGGAGAUCAGGAAGUACCAGAAGUCCACCGAGCCGCUCAUCCCCUUCGCGCCCUUCGUCCGCCUGGUUAAGGAGAUCACCAACGACCUCACGAAGGGAGAGCUGAACCACUGGACUCCUCAGGCGCUCAUCUCGUUGCAAGAGGCUGCAGAGUAUCACAUAGUCGAUGUAUUUGAAGAGGCAAAUCUAUGUGCCAUCCAUGCUAAGCGUGUUACCAUCAUGCAAAAGGACAUACAGCUUGCGAGGCGUAUCGGGGGGAGAUGGCUUUGGUGA